GUCUGAGCAGCGAAGAUCGCGGCAGCCCUGAGCCAAUCAGCCGGCGAGCGCCGCGCCUCUCCAGUCUUUAAUUGGCUGGCGCUCCCGGCCGGUGAGUGCAGCUGAUACCGGGAGCCAGCUGGGGCCACAGGGGGAACAGAGACCGAGAGGAGAGGCAGGGACACAGGGGCGAGAGGCAGUGAGGAGCAGCAGCCAGUGAUUAUCUUCCUGUGUCUGCACCAAUCAGGAGCCGCAGCCCAUUGAGAUUCCCAGGCUGCUCCCAGGAGGAACAAAAAAGAGAGAGAGAGAGACAGAGAGAAUCAGAGUCACAGGGAGAAGGGACGGAAGUGCUCUUUUCUUUGGAGCGGCACAGCUCUCCCGUUCUCACAUUUUGCUCAGACGUGCUGUGUGAAAAACAGAUGGACAAGAUGAACCACAGCUCGGCUGAGGCAGAGGCUGAAACCAUAGAACCGUUACGUUACCUCAGUAAAGGGGAGGCGGCUGCCAUCGAGACAGAGCUACUGAGGGACUACAGGUUCGGACAACAGCAGCUGGUAGAGAUCUGGGGACAAGCGUGCGCUCUCGCCAUCACCAAGGCCUACCCUCUCAGCUCCCUAGCGAAGAAGCAGCCAACAGUGCUGGUGAUCUGUGGUCCGGAACAAAAUGGCUCCAUCGGCCUUGUGUGUGCCCGACACCUCCGCAUGUUUGAAUACGAGCCCACCAUCUACCACCCAAAACGCUCCCCUCACAGUCUACACCAGGAUUUCACAGUUCAGUGUGAAAAGAUGGACAUCCCAUUCCUUUCCUACCUCCCCACAGAGGUGCAGCUCAUAAACGACGCCUACAACCUGGUGAUUGAUGCCAUGCUGGGCCCAGAGGCAGACUGUGCCAACAUUAAGGAGCCUUACCCUGGCAUUCUGGUCACCCUGAAGCAGGUCAAGAUCCCCAUUGUCAGCGUGGAUGUGCCUUCAGGUUGGGAUGUAGAAGAACCAAGUCAGGACGGGAUAAACCCAGACGUUCUCAUCUCACUUACAGCACCAAAGAAGUGCGCCGCGGGUUUCUCAGGGAAGCAUUUCUUGGCCGGACGCUUCCUGCCCUAUGACAUCCAGAAAAAAUACGAUCUUAACCUCCCAGACUACCCCGGCACAGACUGUCUCAUAGAAUUGUAACACAUGGCAAAACGUGAGAGCCAAGAGUGGCCACACCUCAUUUUGAAGAACGUACAGUUGAUCAAUUAUAUCGUUUUGUAUUUUAUAGGUUGUUGAUUUAGUGAUCUAAUGUUACAAUCUCAGUUGUGCAAAACAGGCUGCAUCUUGGCCAAAAUGUGCUGUUGAGCUACAGUAGAAGGAUUAUAUUUAGAAACUGUGGUAUGAGUCAUGUCUUUUUAGGGAACGGCAUGAGGAAAUUUGGUGUCUGUCAACUCGUAAAAGCUGUAGCAUUACACUGUUUUCUGAUUACUUCGCAAAAGACGGAAAAAGUCUUUUUUCCACAGUCAUCAAGGGAAGAUUAAUUUUCUAGGAUGCCAAUAACUGGAAAUUUUAUUUCAAACAUGAAUGCUCAUGUUCAAGCAUCUUAAGCUCAUAUGUUUAGGAAGUGUGCUGCUGAGAGGAGCUGGUGUAGGUUGGUCAGUCUGCACUUCUUACUAUUAAUUGACUACUCUUGUUUCAGUUACGUCAUUCGCUGGUUCAAAAGGUUUCUCGUCGUCCAACAAAUAAAAAAAAAGGUUCAAUUUAAAGAACGCUUAA